CUACGACGAAACUGCGCUCCCACAUCCCACUACAAACAUCCUCAUUAAUGUGUAUUGCCAAUACUACGCGAUGUCCGGAAUCACGAAAUUGUCGUGCGAAUUAGUGGCUUCUAUCUUGCGCUCUUUUGACGAUAUUAGCUUCCUGCCUCCAACUCUGCUUACAUGUCGCCAAUUCUAUGCGGCAUUCAAGGAGUACCCCAAUAUCUUGAUUGAGAUCAUGCGGCAACAGGUAACAUCCGACCUACUGCCAUACUCAGUCGCUGUGGUAGAGGCAUCACGGCUCCCGCACCCGCGAACCAGCGUCGGCAUUCAGACAUUGCUAGACACUCUAUACGAUGAUCCAGCGCAACUCGUGGCGCGGCUACAGAUGAUGACACUCUCUGACAUGUUGAGAAUGGGACGCACACACGACGUCAUCCACGACCUGGCCACUGACUUUGCUGCUGACGCCUGGGACUUGCUUUCCCACGGAGAUUCUGGAGUGUCUGGCAAGCUUGUACUAUCGCCGAAGGAGUACUUCCGUUUUUGCCGCGCCUUCUACCGAGUAGAGUUGUUUUGCACUCUCUUCCGCGGCGAAGGGAUAGCACGGCCCACUGCGGUUGAUAAGAGCGAGAUCCGGGGGUACCUAUCAAGACAUCCGCCGUGGGAGAAUGAGCAGAUCUGCUGUGUUCACGAUUUUCUGGAGAAGAGGCUAUCUACAGCCUCCUUGGAUGUUGUCGCUCAUGACGUUCAGCUUGGAGAAUAUCGGAUCGACUAUCUCUCUGUCGGCGGCGAAAACCAAUGGAAGCAACUCUGGUUGUCUCAGGGCGUUCACUUCAUUCACCAGCUAUUGCAUAGCAGUUCAUACGAGUCAAAAACUGCUUUGUUGAAAGGAGCCAUGGGUUCUAGUUCAGCCGAACUCUACGAUGCACUUGCCGAGUCGGUUGAGGCUGACUCAAACGAUGACACUAGCCUCGAAGACUAUACUCAGGAUAUGAUAGAGGCCUUGGUCCCACGUCACGACAGCCAGGACACUGAUCAGGGCCCAUAUCUAGCUUGGCGUGCCUUCCACGGAUACUUGCCCCGCAGCGCUUGGGUCAUGCUCUCUACAAAUUCUGGACUCCGAGAACGCGGUUACGUACUGUGGGACUGGGAUCGAAUGGAACGAUAUAAUAUGAUCGAGUUAUUCCAAAAUAUACCAAACAGAGCAAGCCAUGCACACACAGACGAGGAUUAUGAAGAAAUGGAGGCAUCAUUUGACCAGCGAUCGAAAAUCUGGCAAAAAGGAGGGUCGGGUUAUUGGAGGAAAGGCGAUACUAGCAAGAUAGUGUGGCCAAGGGUGCAACCAACUUAACCCAAUCCAUGAGCCUGCUCGUCGCUUGGGGAUUCAUCGUCACACCUGUUAGUUAAGCAUAGCCUCGUUAAGGAGGGCCUAGAAUGAUCCCAAGAGUACCUACAUCAACAUGUGAGCCUAGAG